UGCCACAGGCGGUGCCCGAAGUUUUCCACCCCGGAAACCUGCCGUCCGGCUCGGAGGUGCUUGCCCUCUGCGCCCAGAGAUUUUCCGUCCACGGGAUCACUGCAACGGCCACCUUCGAGCCCAGCCUUGCGGACUGUGUCGGCCGGUGCAAGCUGGCUGGCGACGGCGUCUGCAUUGCCGUCGAGUACGACAACGGCGCCGGCAAGUGCAGGCUCCUGCGGUCCGUGUACGACAGCAUCGAGAACGACGAGGAAACCGACCUAUUGGGCACAACGGGGGUUUCGGAGCUGCACACGGUUUGCAGCCUGGGAAGCUCCAGGCUGGUUCUCCAACUCCACGGCGAGAGCAAGAUAACGGUCAACGGCCUGCAACGCGCUCUGCCAGAAGAGCCUUCUUCUCCAUCUCCCCCAGACAACGGCAACAACCAGGCACCCGUCAGCCAGCCGAACUUCCCACCGUCGUGGCCCAACGGACCUUCGGCACCAAACGAUCCCUACAAUCCCUGCCCCGUAGCAGGCCGGCCGGCCUCCCUGACAACGUACAGGUGCGCUGCUGGCUGGGAGGUGAAGGGCACGCUGCUUGCCAGUCAACCCACGGGUACCUACACAGCCGCCCAAUGCGAGGCACUGUGCGUCGCCAAUGCGCAGUGCCAGUUCUAUGUGUCGUACCUGGACGGGAAAUGCAGCUUGCGGUACAACCCCUGGACGGCAGACCUCUACAACUCAGCACCCGCACCGGGAGUCGUCAACAUCACAUGCAGCAAGCCUGGCGCGACACAGCCCCUUAAAUUUCCACAGGCCUACCAGACUUGCAUGUGCCAAUCGGGAUGGUGCUAUGGCAUCGCCAACUGCGUGGAGGGCUUUGAGGCGUAUGGCGAGUGGGGUUUCUUCUCCACCUCCGUCCCCAACGGCUAUGCUGAUAUGGGCAUGUGCAUGGUGGGAUGUCUCUACAACCCGCAUCUGUGCUCCUACGCACUGUGGUACCAGAAUGGAACAGACAUUCUCUGUCUGGCCCGCCAGAAGCCCUACAUCUACCCUACACCGAUGCCGGACUACUACAACGUCCAAGGCACCACAGGACCAAGCAAGCGGGCGAACAUCAUGUGCGAGGUGGCCAAUGUGGGAUCCAUGUACCUGGAUGCUGGGAGGCCCAACCCAGGAGCAAAUGCAGAGGAGCAAUUGCUUCCCAGCCAGGCUUGCAGCGGCAUACAUAACAGCUGAUUCUAUAAAAGCCAGCCUAUAUAUAUGUAAAUAUAUGUAAAUAUAUGUUUAU